UAGAUCUUGUAAACAUGUCUUGGUCACAUGUGUUGAGGACGUGUAAAUCUCCGUUAUUUGGCUUAAAUUCAUUAUGCCGGUCGCCUGUAACAAAUGUUUUACGUCCCAUAGGAUGUCGGCAGCUGUUCACCCCCUCUGUCUUGGGUCUCGAUGGCUACCUGUCAUCUAGAGAGAAAAUUCAAAUCCAAUUUUCAAGCAUGACUGGGAAAUUUCAAGACCGCAUGAGAGAAGUCUUGCAGUCAGAGAAGAACAACACCAUCUUUACCGAGGACCUGAAGAAUGCGGCACACUUAGCGGAGGCCAACACCAAUGACAUUGAACUGGUCCUUGAAAUGGCUAAAAAAUUUAACAAACAAAACAGCGGUCUACGUUUUGGAACCUUUGUGUUUGGGCCAGUGGUGAUGAGGAUGCUGCAUCACUUAGACUGCCCCGAUGUAGCAAUUCAGGCACUGAAAUCAGAAGAACUGGAUGGCUUCUUUGAUCAGUUAGCAUCUUACCAAUUAGCAUUGGAUUUAUUGUAUGAGAAAGAGAGGUACGAAGAUGUCAUUGAUGUUUUUAGAGAUCUCCAGAAUAAGCGACUGCAAGGAACCAAAUUCCCCAAAAAUUGCUUCAUGAUCGCCAUUGCAGCUUGCUAUAAGAUGAACAGUGAGGAAAGUUUAAGAACAGUAUUGGAAUUUGUGAAGGAGGCCGAGGAGUCUGGCAUUUCCAUCAACCGCCGAUGUCUCAUCUUCGUAGCAGCACUGGCCCAAAGGCAAAAUCAUCCUCACAUUACCCUUGAAUACCUGGCCAAAGCACGGAACGUCUCCCACAUUGCUCUUCGUAAUCUGCGAAUUCUGGCCCUGGUGGAGACAUCUCGCUUAGAAGAAGCCCUUCCCAUCUUGCGGGCUGUUGUGCAGAUUGAUAUCCCAGACAAUAGCCGGCCUGGAAAGAAAUCCUACGUACUCAGGGAAACGGUUGAAGCUGUAGAAGCAGCAGUGCAGAAAACCAAUGAUAAAGAACUUAUAGCAGAAUUUAAACACCUACACAGAAGUUUAGAGGAAAACCGUCAUAUAACAGAAAAUAGCCUAGACAAAUAUGUCACUGAACCCAUUGAUAUCUAUAAAUCAAAUGAGAACAAACAGGACAAGGCGAUGCUUGCAGCUUCCUUCAACAGAAAUAGCAAGAACAAGAGACGCCCACAGAAGUAUGCUCAGAAUAGAAAAGGGCUUUUGGAGAGAGAAUGAAAAUUCCUGAAUACAUUACGAGUGACAAAUAUUUGGACAGUUUGUAAAAAGGAGUGCUUCUUGUGAAAAUUUAUUGUAUACUUUAGACAAUAUACAACACUGACAGUCCACAUGUCUCUGGUUAAACAUCUGUAUGAUUAAAUGGUGAGGAAAGUUUGAACGAGAAAUAAUAGUGAAAACAAUUUACUAAUUUGAUGUAUUGUCAGUGAAACAAGAUAUUAAAUUGGUUCACUGUGGCAGGAUUUGUUCAUUCUUAUAACCUUUUCGGAUCUUAUCAUUUUUCACUGUGGAAAAUAAUGUAAAUAAUGUAGUAUAUUGUAAUAUUCUUAUUGUUAAGUGUUAAUACGAUUCUAAAAUUUCAAUAAAGAAUGAAAGGUC